AUGGCAUCGACAUUCGCUUUCCUGACAGUUGUGGGUUCCGCUACACUGCUUUUCCGGCAUUGGACUUUGGUGAUCGUCAUGUUGUCGCUCCUAUCAACGGAUAGUCUUAGAUACUUUGUCGUCAACGCAGAACCAACUUUUGUACUGCAUGGCCUCUCUGCUGAUCCCGUCUCAGAAUCAGUCCCUUCCGAUUUAAGUGCAAUUCCUCCGAUCGCAGCUACGGUGUUGAAGAAUAUUUCUUUUGAACCAAAUCCGCUAGUUACCGUGCCUCUAAAGAAACUCCCCAAUAUCGAAGAAUCCAGAGCACUUUUGUCAUUUUUCUCCAACAGAGAUUCUGCAUUUGAAUACUUUGUUAUGGAAGUCUCCAACCCACGCCCCUUGGCACGUCGGACCCUUGUAGAAACAAUAAUUUAUUCCUUCUUGGCGGUCACUGUUACCAACCUCUGUGCAUUAACCGGUUUCAUUUGCAUUCCCAUUCAACGCUCAAAGCAUUUCCCAAUGAUGCUCAGUUUUAUGAUGUCUCUGGCAGUUGGGGCACUCUUUUCCACAGCUGUUCUCGUCCUCAUUCCUGAAUCGCUGCGAAUGAUAGAUAUGCCAUUGGAAUUCGGCGGUCAGGGUCGUACAUACCUCUACAAAUUCACUUGUGUUCCGGUUGGCGCGCUCUUCUUUUUCAUGGUAGAAUAUGUUCUCCUGAUCCUGCCUCGACUUGUGAGGCAUAAAGCAUCUCCGAACAAUGGCAAAUCGUUGGAAGCAGUGGAAAUUGCGGACACGAAGAUCUGGGACGAUAACUCCAACGGUCUGAAGCAAGAAUCUCCCAAUGCCGAGAUCUCGGUGGAAAUUGCAGAAACACUGGAUGGCGGCGACUCAGGUUCUAUUGACAGUGUAUUCAUGUCGCAAAAGUCAGUGGGCGUGCAUCACCGACGUUGCUGCCUCCGCUUUAGUCCUGAACGAUUUUCCAAAAUCGCACCAGUUGCAUGGAUGAUUCUUUUUGGUGAUGGUUUUCAUAACUUCAUGGAUGGUAUGACCAUCGGAGUGGGUUUCACGGAGAGUCCAACUAUUGGUAUAGCACUUACCCUUAGCAUCGUCUUUGAAGAACUACCCAGUGAACUUGGUGACUUUGCGAUCCUGAUCUCUUCUGGAUUUUCCAUCAAAUCCGCUGUAUGCGCCAACUUCGCGUCGGCUUGUACUACUUACCUUGGUGUGAUCCUUGGCCUGGUUAUUGGUGAGGUAUCCUCCGGAGCACUCUACGUUUUCGCCAUCACUGCUGGAUUUUUCCUCUACAUCAGUCUUGCUGAUAUGAUGCCGAAUCUUCGAGAUGCUUUGGAGGAACUGGAGAAUAAAAAUAGGAGUUCUUUCCACCUCUUUCUCAUCCAACUGAUCGGUCUAUUGGCAGGGUAUGGAUGUGUUGUGGGUAUCACCCUAAUCAGUGACCUGAUAACAUUAUAA